AUGGUAGAUGGCAAGUGGGUACUUCCAGAUGAAUGUUUUGACAGUUCUGAUGGGACAAGUCAUCCUAUUGGGUCUACCUGGAAUUCAUCUCAUUGCCUGAGAUGCUCCUGUUGGGAUACUGGAAUACACUGCUGUACUAGGUAUGGUCCUAUGGGCAGACCAGGGUGCAAAGCAAUUUUGGAUUGGGAAACCUGUGAAUAUAAGUUCUACAAACUGGAGGACCUCUCCCAGCCAUGUUCCCCUUAACAACAUCCUUUCACUUUCGAUGUAUUUCAGAAUCACCAAACCUAUAUUUUUGG